GCCCGAUUUUCAGUCAAUCACGUAUUUAAACGGAUCGAAGAAGUGUUGACAGAAUCAACGAUACGCGUUCUCUUCUUCUCAAGUACAAAGGAUCUCAAGAAUCAAGUAGACUCAAGGAUCAAGUAGACGAUAGGUGAUGAAGGGGAUAUACGUAGUCGCCGUUGCCUUUUUGGCAUCUUGGAGCGUAUGUGUCGCAAAUCAAUCAUCUGUUGAGAAGACAAAACCUCAGGACGAAAUUUUUAGGAAAUGCCCAUAUCCGGAUAUAAAUCCGAAAAAUACUACAACCAACAUUGCGCAUGAAAGCGACUGCACCAAGUUUUACAAAUGUCUCUUGGGUAGAGGAACCGAGCAAGAAUGUCCCUUGAUGUGGAAAGAUGAUCCAGUAAAAAGACUGCAUUACAACAGAGCCCUUCAAGUCUGCGAUUGGCCGUGGGAGGCCGGUUGUGAAAUCUGUCCUCCAAAGGAUGACAAUGGCAAUUAUCCGCCAGAAUCUUGGAUAGCAGAUCCAGAAUCUUCAAGUUGUAGAUCAUACAUCAUAUGUAGAGAAGAUGGUCGACAGGUGUCUGGUACUUGUCCAAGAGGUACGUGCUUCAGUCGCACAUGUCAGGGAUGUGUUACGAAUCGAGCGAAUGGAAACUGUAAAAACGAUACUUCUCCUGGAAUCUCGACAACAAGCACUUCUCCUGAAAUCUCGACAACCCCGACAACUUCGACCACAUCGGGUCUUAAAUGUGAAACCGGAAAUCGAAAAAAACAUGAUUGCGACUGCGCCAAGUUUUAUCAGUGUUACGGUAAUGAGGAUUGGAUCCUACAACAUUGCGAUGGCGGUCUACAUUUCAGUGCCACAGCGUUGGAAUGCCAGGAACCAGACAUAGCCAAAUGCCUGAAACCAGAGAAUUAAAAAAUCCGACGGUUAUCCGCCAAGCCUCUUUCCAAGAAUAAAUGACGUCACACGAGUGUGGUCGCAAAUUUACAAGCCAAUAUAGAAAAAAAGAUACAUUGUUUAAUUAUCCUUCAAAGAGAAUAAAGAUGUAGAACCACUCGAAAAAUGUAAAAUGCACGAAUAAAAAUGUCACUGAGAUGAUUAGA